AUGUUAGUUUGCAAAGACGCAGAUGUACCCAAACCUAGAUGUGUUGGCGCAUGCGAAGGAUCUAUCUCCUCCAGCUCUGCAGCAGUUGUGACACUCGGAACCUUUUGUGCCUUACGGCAUGGCCGUUGGGCUGCGUGGCGAGGUGUUCCAGUUCCUGUCUCUUGGUUGAUGGCACCCGUUCUGGUUGGUGACCUCUCGCUGGCAUGGGGCUACCUUCAUGACUUAAUCGAUUGCCGGCAUCGGCAUCAAAGGAUGCACCCGAACGAUCUUCUACAGCUGAUUGCGCUCUGCAGGCAGACAGAGAAGAUCUGGGUGAUGAAGCCGAAGGCCUACAGCAAGAUGUCGGCUGAGCAACCCGAAAUGCUGGAAGGAAAAGGGCAGCGGCGAAGUCACGAGUGCCCUCGAGCAAAACGUAGCGAGAAAGAGGUUGAGUAUUCCUGGCAGGAUGCUGCUCGCAGUCGCUUCCAGCCUCCCGCCCAAGACAUCGUGUCUUGGCGCGUCGACCUGGAGAACACCGUGGAAGAGGAGCUGAACUUGAUUAUAAAGGGUGCCGUGUUGGCAGAUGCCGUUGGUGCUUGUCUCGGCGCUGGUGCUGGUCUCAGCAGAAAAGGAUACGGUGCUGUACUCGGAUCACAGCAAAGCUGGUCUGAGGAUUGGCAGUUGUCUUGGCGAGAGCUUCCAGGAGAUAGAUUGAAAAAGCGAAAAGCAUCAGAGCCACCAUCGUGGCUAGUAGCAGUUCCGUUCAGCUACCAUUGGUGCAAUAUUCUUCGGCUCACAGAGUCUCUUAGCUCAUCUUGGAGCAAGGGAUGA